UUCGGCAUUUCGGUGCGUUGUUUACACCGACGCCAGACAUCGAUCGAUACAAUCGCAAACGCGGCGACAGACUCGAAAAUAAUUAUGAACCAUGCGAUAUUUUUAUGAGACUACUCUAUGUGAUGCAAAGUGGAGCCACAUGUAAUUCGAGAUAGAACGCGAAGGUCUACGCCGCAUACACACAUUUGCAAAACCCAUACGGCGCUGUUUGUUGCAUAAUCGCGCGCAAUUAGGUUUUCGUUAAUUUUUAACGAGAAGUACUCCUCUCUGGCACUGUUAAAUUGCUAACUGCACCUGUAUAUUACAUAAUUAUUUUGAUGUUGACGUCCAACUGCUUCACGACUGAAUAUACUGUUUUUUCUAUGCUGAUGUGUUAAGCGAUUCUUCUUUUCGCCUUCGCGCGAAAUAUUUGCCACACCGUUUCCGUACCAGAUCUUGUCAAAUCAGAACGAAAGCCAAACAGCUGAACUAGUGACGUCAGAACGCCACUGCUGUCGUCUGCAUUGCCCAAAGUACCGCCUCUUAAGUGACCAUGAUUUCCGGCAAAUUCACACUGUCAGCAGCGGUGAAGAAUGUCGCUGCAGUCCAGUGAAUUGCGGGGAUUUUUAACAUCAUUCAAUGCAAAGUUUGCCAGCAGACUGACGGAGUACUACACAUCUCGACAUCCAGGCCAAUCAGCCUUUAAAAAAUACGUCCGUCCCAGCAGCAACUCCAACAACAACACCCACAAUCAGAACAGCCACAGUACAAAAAUGGACGACGACAAGCGGUCAUCGGUCAUCAAAUUCGCGUGCUCCGCGGUUGAUACACAGCCGUUGGAUUUGUCUGUGCCCAAACCGUCAACGUCAACAAAAUCCAAAAAGACCAUAUCACUGGCAAAGCAGCACGAACCAGUCAGCCUGUGUAAGGCAGACAGCGAGGAGAAAACGCUGACCGAAAGCCUCAGCGAUGAAAAACUUGUAGGCAUCAAGAAAAGCAGUAAACUCGGACAAGAAUUUGAGGUGGAAAAAGCCGACGGGAGAGCGGAAUGUGGAUUGUGUGGCAAGUUAUACGCGACCAAGAAGUGUUUGAAGAUUCAUCUUCGGCUGCACUACGGCAUCAAACCCUACCAGUGUAGUUUCUGUCCGAAGAGUUUCGCUCAGUCCAAUGUUCUGAAAGCGCACAUUGCCUACCACACCGGAAGGCGGGACUGGGUGUGUGAGAUCUGCAAUAAAGCCUUCACACAGUCGGCACAUCUGCGCACGCACAGGAAGACGCAUUCGUCGCAGAAGGAUUACCAGUGUCCAUACUGCCAGCGGUGUUUUAGUUCCAAGCAGAGAUGCGAAACUCAUAUUCGCCAUCACACUGGCGAGCCGAAUUACCGCUACGUGUGUCUGGCGUGCGACAAGUGCUUCACGCGCAGUGAAUCGCUGCGCUACCACGAGAAUUCCGUCCACCGGGGAUUUCGGCCCUACAUCUGCUCAGACAGGAGCUGCGGGAAGACAUUCAGUCGGCAGUCCAGUCUCAAACGCCACAUUCGCUCCGUGCACGGGCUCAAACAGGAACAGGAAUCGACACCGGAAGUGGAGACUGCCACUCCGUCUGUCGUUGAUGUUCCGCCGCCGGUUGGAGCCGGCAGUAAUCCGCCCAUUGUCCGUCCCAUCUGUCACGUCGCCCCUCCGUUUUUCAACCAUCUGGUGCGGUACAAUUCAGCGGAUGUCGACUGCAGCGGUAUCUGAUGGAAAAAAAUUUGAUUUGCUUUGGUAUAAUAUGGAAAUGCUCAACCGGAGACUGUGAGUCUACAUUCGCACUGUGUUGUUUUAUUGAAUGUUUUCAUUCUGCCACUUUCAGCAUUUGGUUUUAAUUUUUGCCACAUAGAAUUUGAUGAUAGCUUGUGAGGUUUCAUAAGACUGUAGCAGUAUAUAGAAGAGGUAGAUUGCUCAAGGUGCAUACAUUAUACAUACAUUUUAUUUGGAUACAGUAAGCCGUGAAUUGCCGUGGCAGCGGCUGCCAAGACUUGAUCAUAAAUAAGAAAAACAUGUGAUAA